CUAACAGCUCGAUGAGCGUGAGGUGAAGGUCAGAAGGUGAGUAAGACAUGAUACACUGUAUAUGUGAAUCCUAUUCCCCUCUUUCUAUCACAUGCUCGUAUUGUCUUCUUCCAUUCAUACUCUUCUUAUCAUCGUAUAAGUGGUGUUUCAAUAUGGCUUCAUCCUCAGAACCGCUCGCAAAAGGCACGUAUGCUCCUUCGGGUCCAAACGACAUACGCGGUCCCUGUCCAAUGAUCAACACUCUCGCGAAUCAUGGUUAUCUUCCCCGCAACGGCCGAAAUGUUCGUGUUGAAGAAGUCCUCGCAGGCAUGGACGCAAUUGGUCUCUCCAAGCCUCUCGGUGCUGCCUUUGCCAAUCCCAUCUUUCAAGAACGCGCGCCUUCAAAAUUUCACGAUGACCCAGUUGUCAAGAAGUCUUUUUUGCAAAGUAUUUUGCAAACGAUCAAGGACCCUUGGUCUGUUUUGGGUAGAUUCGGUAUGCGCAAGCCGGGUCAGCUGGACUCUGAGGGUAACAGGGUGUUGAACCUGGAUCAGCUUGGGUUACCCAACACAGUUGAGCACGAUAUAUCUUUGACCCGUCGGGAUCAUCAACAAGGCGACAACAUCAGUCUUCAGAAGGACCUUGUCGAAGAUUUUUUGGCGAGUUCAAAGGAUGGCCAGACUCUCACUGCGAAUGACCUGGCAGAGUUUCGCAAGAAGCGCAUCGCCAGACAGAGAGAGGAUAACCCAGGUCUUCAAUAUGGGUCUUUCGAACAUGACCUUGCAUGUGCGGAGAUUGCACUGAUUCUCAAUGUAAUUGGAACUGGUGACAGUGUGCCGUGUAGUUAUGCCAGGGCCUUUUUGCAGGAGGAGAGGCUGCCGAUACAAGAGGGUUGGAAGAGAGAAGAGUCGAGGUUGGGUAUAAUUGGGUUGCUUACCAAGAGGAACGGUAUCAAGAAGAUUAUUGGUAUGGAAUUCAAGUCUUGACGUCAAGGUGAUCUCUCAUUUCACUUCUGUGACGAUUUCAUCUGGUAAGCUUUCUUUCAUCUUGUUCAAAUCACCGGCUGGUUAUGUAACAGAUAAAUAACGAAGGCAAUAUUGAUACCUAGCUUGGCUAGUUUAUACAGAAUGAUAACUUUUUACUAUAUCUAAUUUUAUGCCAACAACUCCCA